CGUGUUAAGUCGGUAGCCAGUUGGUGGUGGGAGGGGGAUGGAGCGGGCGAGCCGCUGCGCCGUGUUGCUGCUGGGCGGCGUGCUGUUGACGGCGGCCCAGUACGAGAAGUAUAGCUGGCGCAGUUUCCCGCGGGACGAGCUGGUGUCGCUGGAUUCGGCGUACCGCUACGCGCUGGAGCAGUUCGCGGCGGGCCACUGGCGGGAGAGCAUCCGCUACCUGGAGCUGAGCCUGCGGCUGCACCGGCUGCUGCGGGAGAGCCAGGCUCACUGCGGCGCCGAGUGCCGGCUGAGCCCCGGGCGGCCGCCGUCCGGUCCCGACCUCGACGAGCUCCGGACCUUCGGCCACAUCCUGCACCGGGCCGCGUGUCUCAGGCGCUGCAAGCGGUCGCUGCCCGUCUUUAGGCUCGCCCCCCCGGACAGGGAGACCCUCGUUCAGAUGGAGAACCGCGUCCCCUACAAGUACUUGGAGAGCGCCUUCUUCCAGCUGAACAACCUGGAGAAGUCCAUUUCCGCCGCCCACACCUUCCUGCAGAAGAACCCGAAGGACGCGGUGAUGCAGAAGAAGAUGAGUUACUACAAGUCCAUCCCCGACAUCGAGGUUUACCUUGUGGACGUGGAGGCUCGGGAGUACGAGGCGCUGUUCCUGAAGGCAGUGAAGGCCUACAACAACGGGAAUUUCCGCAGCAGCGUAACCGACAUGGAGCACGCUCUCCCGGGGUAUUACAGAGCGCACCAGGAGUGCAUCAGCGCCUGCGAGGAUUCCUGCGACGUCAGCGACUUCAAGGACUUUUACCCGUCUGUGGCAGAACUUUUUUUGGAGACACUGAAGUGCAAAGCGAAGUGUGCCCAGAAUUUAACUCCCAACGUGGGCGGUUUCUUUGUGGAGAAGUUCGUGGCCACGAUGUAUCACUACCUGCAGUUUGCCUACUACAAACUGAACGACAUCAAGAACGCCGUGUCCUGCGUGGCGACCUACAUGCUCUUCGACCCCGGCGACGACAUCAUGCAGCAGAACGUGAUCUACUACCGAUUCUACCGGGAGAAGUGGGGCCUGCAGGAGGAGGACUUCCAGCCCCGGCCGGACGCCCAGAUGUAUUACAACCUGACCCGGCUACAAAAUGAGCUACUGGAGUUCGCGGACAACUUCCUGCAGCCUGAUGACGAGAUGGAGGUGUCGGAUGAGCCGGUGCCCGAGGGGCAGGAAGGGUCCUCGGACGCGGAGUUCGAGGGGGUAGGGGACUACGAGGAGGCGAUCCUGGCGGACUGGUGGCAGGUACCGAAACAGAAGGGCGACCUGGACGACGUGGUGGAGUAGGCGUGGAGCCGGCCCACGAGACUGAAGCCCCCCCCUUGGGCUCCGCCGCGUGGCUGGCGAGAAAAGGGGGCCGAGGAACGAGCCGGGAGAGGCGCGUGUGUCAUUCAAAGUGCCUGACAUCUUCCCAGGGAGGCUGAGAUGGGAGAGCGGUCCUGGUGCCCUGGAGUUGGGAGAAAAAGUUCUGGAACUUUACUGAGCCUUAUUGCACUGGAGUACCUCGCUGGCUUCAUAACUGCCUACAAAGCCCACAUAGGAUUUGGGACAUUCGGCCCGUCGAGUCUGGUCCGCCAUUCCAUCACGGCUGAUUUACUAUCCCACUCAACCCCAUUCUCCUGCCUUCUCCCCGUAACCGUUGAUGCCCCGGCUAAUCAAGAACCCGUCAACCUCCACUUUAGAUAUACCCAAUGACUUGUCCUCCACUGCCGUCUGUGCCAAUGAAUACCAAAGAUUCAUCACUGUCUGGCUGAAAAAGUUCCUCCUCAUCUCUGUUCUAAAUGAAUGUCCCUCAAUUCUGAGGCUGUGCCCUCUGGUCCUAGACUCCUCCACCAUGGGAAACAUCCUCUCCACAUCCACUCUAUCUGUGUCCUCUGGUCCUAGACUCCUCCACCAUGGGAAACAUCCUCUCCACAUCCACUCUAUCUGUGUCCUCUGGUCCUAGACUCCCCCACUAUAGGAAACAUCCUCUCCACAUCCACUCUAUCUGUGUCUCUGGUCCUAGACUCCCCCACCAUGGGAAACAUCCUCUCCACAUCCUCUCUAUCUGUGUCCUCUGGUCCUAGACUCCCCCACUAUAGGAAACACCCUCUCCACAUCCACUCUAUCUGUGCCCUCUGGUCGUAGACUCCCCCACUAUAGGAAACAUCCUCUCCACAUCCACUCUAUCUGUGUUAUCUGGUCCUAGACUCCCCCACUAUUGGAAUCAUCCUCUCCACAUCCACUCUAUCUGUGCUUUCUCGUCCUAGACUCCCCCACUAUAGGAAACAUCCUCUCCACAUCCACUCUAUCUGUGUCCUCUGGUCCUAGACUCCCCCACUAUAGGAAACAUCCUCCCCACAUCCACUCUAUCUGUGUCCUCUGGUCCUAGACUCCCCCACUAUAGGAAACAUCCUCUCCACAUCCACUCUAUCUGUGUCCUCUGGUCCUAGAUUCCCCCACUAUAGGAAACAUCCUCUCCACAUCCACUCUAUCUGUGUCCUCUGGUCCUAGACUCCCCCACUAUAGGAAACAUCCUCUCCACAUCCACUCUAUCUGUGUCCUCUGGUCCUAGACUCCCCCACUAUAGGAAACAUCCUCUCCACAUCCACUCCAUCUGUGCCUUCUGGUCCUAGACUCCCCCACUAUUGGAAUCAUCCUCUCCACAUCCACUCUAUCUGUGCCUUCUGGUCCUAGACUCCCCCACUAUAGGAAACAUCCUCUCCACAUCCACUCUAUCUGUGUCCUCUGGUCCUAGACUCCCCCACUAUAGGAUACAUCCUCUCCACAUCCACUCUAUCUGUGCCCUCUGGUCCUAGACUCCCCCACGAUAGGAAACAUCCUCUCCACAUCCACUCUAUCUGUGUCCUCUGGUCCUAGACUCCCCCACUAUAGGAAACAUCCUCCCCACAUCCACUCUAUCUGUGCCCUCUGGUCCUAGACCACCCCCCCCCCCCACUAUAGGAAACAUCCUCUCCACAUCCACUCUAUCUGUGUCCUCUGGUCCUAGACUCCCCCACUAUAGGAAACAUCCUCCCCACAUCCACUCUAUCUGUGUCCUCUGGUCCUAGACUCCCCCACUAUAGGAAACAUCCUCUCCACAUCCACUCUAUCUGUGUCCUCUGGUCCUAGAUUCCCCCACUAUAGGAAACAUCCUCUCCACAUCCACUCUAUCUGUGUCCUCUGGUCCUAGACUCCCCCACUAUAGGAAACAUCCUCUCCACAUCCACUCUAUCUGUGUCCUCUGGUCCUAGACUCCCCCACUAUAGGAAACAUCCUCUCCACAUCCACUCCAUCUGUGCCUUCUGGUCCUAGACUCCCCCACUAUUGGAAUCAUCCUCUCCACAUCCACUCUAUCUGUGCCUUCUGGUCCUAGACUCCCCCACUAUAGGAAACAUCCUCUCCACAUCCACUCUAUCUGUGUCCUCUGGUCCUAGACUCCCCCACGAUAGGAAACAUCCUCUCCACAUCCACUCUAUCUGUGUCCUCUGGUCCUAGACUCCCCCACUAUAGGAAACAUCCUCCCCACAUCCACUCUAUCUGUGUCCUCUGGUCCUAGAUUCCCCCACUAUAGGAAACAUCCUCUCCACAUCCACUCUAUCUGUGUCCUCUGGUCCUAGACUCCCCCACUAUAGGAAACAUCCUCUCCACAUCCACUCUAUCUGUGUCCUCUGGUCCUAGACGCCCCCACUAUAGGAAACAUCCUCUCCACAUCCACUCUAUCUGUGUCCUCUGGUCCUAGACUCCCCCACUAUAGGAAACAUCCUCUCCACAUCCACUCCAUCUGUGCCUUCUGGUCCUAGACUCCCCCACUAUUGGAAUCAUCCUCUCCACAUCCACUCUAUCUGUGCCUUCUGGUCCUAGACUCCCCCACUAUAGGAAACAUCCUCUCCACAUCCACUCUAUCUGUGUCCUCUGGUCUUAGACUCCCCCACGAUAGGAAACAUCCUCUCCACAUCCACUCUAUCUGUGUCCUCUGGUCCUAGACUCACCCACCAUGGGAAACAUCCUUUGCACAUUCACUCUAUCUGUGCCCUCUGGUCCUAGACUCCCCCACUAUAGGAAACAUCCUCUCCACAUCCACUCUAUCUGUGUUAUCUGGUCCUAGACUCCCCCACUAUUGGAAUCAUCCUCUCCACAUCCACUCUAUCUGUGCCUUCUCGUCCUAGACUCCCCCACUAUAGGAAACAUCCUCUCCAUGUCCACUCUAUCUGUGUCCUCUGGUCCUAGACUCCCCCACUAUAGGAAACAUCCUCUCCACAUCCACUCUAUCCGUGUCCUCUGGUCCUAGACUCUCCCAUUAUAGGAAACAUCCUCUGCACAUCCACUCUAUCUGUGUCCUCUGGUCCUAGACUCCCCCACUAUAGGAAACAUCCUCCCCACAUCCACUCUAUCUGUGUCCUCUGGUCCUAGACUCCCCCACUAUAGGAAACAUCCUCUCCACAUCCACUCUAUCUGUGUCCUCUGGUCCUAGAUUCCCCCACUAUAGGAAACAUCCUCUCCACAUCCACUCUAUCUGUGUCCUCUGGUCCUAGACUCCCCCACUAUAGGAAACAUCCUCUCCACAUCCACUCUAUCUGUGUCCUCUGGUCCUAGACUCCCCCACUAUAGGAAACAUCCUCUCCACAUCCACUCCAUCUGUGCCUUCUGGUCCUAGACUCCCCCACUAUUGGAAUCAUCCUCUCCACAUCCACUCUAUCUGUGCCUUCUGGUCCUAGACUCCCCCACUAUAGGAAACAUCCUCUCCACAUCCACUCUAUCUGUGUCCUCUGGUCCUAGACUCCCCCACGAUAGGAAACAUCCUCUCCACAUCCACUCUAUCUGUGUCCUCUGGUCCUAGACUCCCCCACUAUAGGAAACAUCCUCCCCACAUCCACUCUAUCUGUGUCCUCUGGUCCUAGAUUCCCCCACUAUAGGAAACAUCCUCUCCACAUCCACUCUAUCUGUGUCCUCUGGUCCUAGACUCCCCCACUAUAGGAAACAUCCUCUCCACAUCCACUCUAUCUGUGUCCUCUGGUCAUAGACGCCCCCACGAUAGGAAACAUCCUCUCCACAUCCACUCUAUCUGUGUCCUCUGGUCCUAGACUCCCCCACUAUAGGAAACAUCCUCUCCACAUCCACUCCAUCUGUGCCUUCUGGUCCUAGACUCCCCCACUAUUGGAAUCAUCCUCUCCACAUCCACUCUAUCUGUGCCUUCUGGUCCUAGACUCCCCCACUAUAGGAAACAUCCUCUCCACAUCCACUCUAUCUGUGUCCUCUGGUCUUAGACUCCCCCACGAUAGGAAACAUCCUCUCCACAUCCACUCUAUCUGUGUCCUCUGGUCCUAGACUCACCCACCAUGGGAAACAUCCUUUGCACAUUCACUCUAUCUGUGCCCUCUGGUCCUAGACUCCCCCACUAUAGGAAACAUCCUCUCCACAUCCACUCUAUCUGUGUUAUCUGGUCCUAGACUCCCCCACUAUUGGAAUCAUCCUCUCCACAUCCACUCUAUCUGUGCCUUCUCGUCCUAGACUCCCCCACUAUAGGAAACAUCCUCUCCAUGUCCACUCUAUCUGUGUCCUCUGGUCCUAGACUCCCCCACUAUAGGAAACAUCCUCUCCACAUCCACUCUAUCCGUGUCCUCUGGUCCUAGACUCUCCCAUUAUAGGAAACAUCCUCUGCACAUCCACUCUAUCUGUGUCCUCUGGUCCUAGACUCCCCCACUAUAGGAAACAUCCUCCCCACAUCCACUCUAUCUGUGCCCUCUGGUCCUAGACCACCCCCCCCCCCCCACUAUAGGAAACAUCCUCUCCACAUCCACUCUAUCUGUGUCCUCUGGUCCUAGACUCCCCCACUAUAGGAAACAUCCUCCCCACAUCCAUUCUAUCUGUGUCCUCUGGUCCUAGAUUCCCCCACUAUAGGAAACAUCCUCUCCACAUCCACUCUAUCUGUGUCCUCUGGUCCUAGACUCCCCCACUAUAGGAAACAUCCUCCCCACAUCCACUCUAUCUGUGUCCUCUGGUCCUAGAUUCCCCCACUAUAGGAAACAUCCUCUCCACAUCCACUCUAUCUGUGUCCUCUGGUCCUAGACUCCCCCACUAUAGGAAACAUCCUCUCCACAUCCACUCUAUCUGUGCCCUCUGGUCCUAGACUCCUCCACUGUAGGAAACCUCUGCUCCACAUCCACUCUGUCCAAGCCUUUCAGUAUUCGGUAGGCUUCAGUGAGAUUUCCCCCUCGUUCUUCUAAACUCCAGCCAUCAGACACUCCAGCUGUGUUAACCCUUUCAUUCAUGGGAGCAGCCUCAUCGGUUCUGAGUUACGGGGCCCAAAGCUGCUUUCAAUUCUGCCUGGUGAGGUCUGACCAAUGCCUUACAAAGCCUCAGCUAUUACAACGGCAGACCGUCGUGAGAUGCUGUAUGGAAGAUCCUAAACUCCCAAGUUGUUAUCUCUCUGGUCUUGAUGCUGAUGACUGAGUCACUUCUUCUAUCUUUUAUUUUCUUCACUUGUUUCCAAAACCCUGAUUCCUCCCCACGCAGUUACUUCACACUUCUUGCGCCCAGCGUUCUGCGGAGGAGAUGGGCAGAGCCCGCCCUGGGGGUGCACAGCGACGUCAUGCACUGGAGGGUUGGGGCUGGGCAUCCGAGCCCCACCCUGGGGGCACCAGUACCUGGGAGGUGCGGUGGAGCUGGACUGGAUGGGGGAAGUGCCCUCAUUCCCGCGAUCUCCGGCAAAGUCCGCGGCCACCUCCCCUGCCGGAAUGAGGCCACCCUCAGAGUGGAGGAGCCACACCUCAUUUUCCAUCUGGGUACCCUCCAACCUGAUGGCAUGAACGUUGAUUUCUCCAGCUUCCUGGUAAUUUUCCCCCUCCCCCUUUCCCUCUUCCUCAAUUCCUCAUCCUACCCUCUUACGUCUUCUCCUCACUUGCCCAUCACCUCCCUCUGGUGCCCCUCUUUCUGCUCUUUCUCCCAUGGUCCACUCUCCUCUCCUGUCAGAUUCCUUCCUCUCCAGCCGUUAACUUUUGCACCCAUCACUUCUCACCUCAUCUCUCCUCUCUCACCCACCUGCCUUCACCUAUCACCUUCCCCUGCUGUCCCUCCUCCUUCCCUUUCUCCCAUGGUCAAGUCUCCUCUCCUAUCAAGAUUCCUUCUUCUCCAUCCCUUAACUUUUCCACCCAUCCCCUCCCAGCUUCUCAUUUCAUCCACCCCCUCCCCCACCCACCUGGCUUCCAGCUAUCCUCCUUCCCCUCCUCCCCCCCACAGCUCCUUAUUCCCGUCCUUUCCACUUCCUUUCCAGCCCUGAUGUCGCCCGGAAUGUCGGCUGCUUAUUCAUCUCCAUAGAUGCUGCCUGACCAGCUGAGUUCCUCCAGCAUUUUGUGUGUGUGUGUUACUCUGUCAGAGCUUGGAGAGUUCUGUAAGUCAGGAACUUGGGCUAAAUGUUUCAGUCAGCCGCUCAAAACCUCCAAGUUGCAUUUUGAGAGUUUUUGUCAGUCAAUAAAAAAUGGCC